GCCUACAAGAACGUGGUGGGGUGCCAGCGCUCGGCGUGGAGGGUCAUCUCCAGCAUCGAGCACAAAACUGAAGAGGGGGAUGACAAGGCGCAGCUGGUGAACGAGUACCGGGAGAAGGUGGAAACGGAGCUGAACGGCGUCUGCAAGAGCGUCCUCUCCUUGCUGGACAAGUAUCUCAUCAAGAAGGCGAGUGAUCACGAGAGCAAGGUCUUCUACCUGAAGAUGAAGGGCGACUAUUUCCGAUACCUGUUCCACUACGAGAUCGCCAACGCCCCCGAGCAGGCCAUCUCGCUGGCCAAGACCACCUUCGACGAGGCCAUGGGCGACCUGCACACGCUCAGCGAAGACUCCUACAAGGACAGCACCCUCAUCAUGCAGCUGCUCAGGGACAACCUCACGCUAUGGACAGCCGAGUGCGCCGGCGAAGACGGUGGCGAGGCUGGCGAAGAGCCCAAGAACUGA